UAGAGAUCAACAAGAUGAAGUCCUCGCAAAAAAAGACAUUCCCGUCUCUUGUGGUUCUCCUUGGAACCAAAUGGGGGACAGGAUUUGUUGGAUUGCUGUCGGGAGUACUAGCUGCCAAUGAAGAAGUACGUUACAACGAUCAGCCGAACUUGGACGAAGGAGCUACAACGAUGUUCGUUGAACAAGAACCCGACAACAACAAUAUGAUGGGAGACGCAGUAGAGGGACUCCUCGGAGUAGACUCCGAUCCACCCACUCCACUGGUUUCCCCGAAAGCUCUCCGUUCGUCAGGAAACCUGUUGGAGGCCUUCUUGCAAAAUGAUGGCGCAGAUCAAGAAGAAGAGCUAGAAGGAGAGCAAGACUUUAAUCCACAUACAGCCACGACUUUUGCCAGACCAUCAUCAAGUCUCUCUGGGUCAAAAUGUAGAGAUGCUGCUGGCUCUAUUCAGCGCGACAGUAAGCAGGAAGAUCCUUGUCCUUCUUCUACCGAUCACGCGUUCACUAAUUUAGAUGACGGACAUUUACCCGCAUCCACCGCUCUUGUUUUCGACAUGCAUGGACAGCCUCGAGUAGAACGUCCUCUAAAACCACGUCAAGACGUAUCGGCUCCUAUGCCAGCCGUGCAUCCGUCUAUCUAUCACAUUUUACCGGAUGGUGAGCCGGACUUGCUACGAGAAAAAAUCGUC